AUCGAUACUAUCGAUAUCGAAGCAGAAGAACAAGACGAGGGUGUGCAUUACGCAUUUGCUUCGCGAAUUUGAGCCCGACUUUAAACAAUUAUUGUGGACUCCAGCCGGUCGUCAGAGUCCCGGUUGCCGCCAACGUAGUUUAUUGAUUGCACUGAAACGAAACUGAGAAGCGAAACGGCCAGGAGAGCGGAGAGGAGUGGACUGGAGCGGAGCGGAUAGGAUUGCAGAGCGACAGAGAGCGACUGGAGCGGACCAGGCCUAGCGACACUUGACCACACACAAUCCACAAUCGACACUUCACACUCGACCAGAGAACAUCCAGUCCCCAGCACAUCCGCAUCGGAUCGCCAUCACAUCGGAUCGAGCCCCCCAUCGCAACCAAGCAGCCAGUAACCAUGGCCUGGCGAUUCAAGGCUUCCAAGUACAAAAAUGCCGCACCCAUUGUGCCCAAGGCGGAGGCCUGCGUCCGCGAGAUCUGCGUGGGCAGCUACCAGACGUACGGGAACAACAUCGCCGCCUCCGGCGCCUUCAUGGCCUUCAAUUGGGAGCACACCGGGUCCAGUGUCGCCGUCCUGCCUCUGGACGACUGCGGCCGGAAGAGCAAGACCAUGCCGCUGCUCCACGGGCACACGGACACAGUGACGGACCUCAAGUUCUCGCCGUUUCACGACGGCCUGCUGGCCACAGCCUCGCAGGAUUGUCUGGUUAAGAUCUGGCACAUACCGGAAAAAGGCCUGGAGCAGUCGCUCUCCGAUCCGGAGGCUAUCUUCUCACACAAGCAGAGGCGCGUCGAGACAGUGGGCUUCCAUCCCACGGCCGAUGGCUUGAUGUACUCCACAGCCGCCGGCUGCGUGGCUCUCUUCGAUCUCAGCACCCAAAAGGAGAUCUUCUCGAACAAUGAGCAUCCCGAGGUGAUACAGUCGGCCAGUUGGCGCGAGGACGGUUCCGUAUUGGCCACCAGUUGCAAGGACAAGUGUGUGCGCAUUUUUGAUCCCCGAGCCGCCGGUUCACCCAUUCAGCUGACUGCAGAAUCGCACCAGAGCAUCAAGGAUUCGCGGGUUGUGUGGCUGGGCAAUCAGCAGCGCAUCCUCACCACCGGCUUCGACGCGGCUCGACUGCGCCAGGUGAUUAUCCGUGAUGUGCGCAACUUCAACACACCAGAGAAGACUCUCGAACUGGACUGCUCCACGGGCAUACUAAUGCCUCUGUUCGAUCCCGAUACCAAUAUGCUUUUCCUAGCCGGAAAGGGUGACACAACAAUUAACUAUUUGGAGAUUACGGACAAGGAUCCGUAUUUGAUUGAGGGACUGCGUCACACCGGCGAGCAGACGAAGGGAGCUUGUCUAGUGCCCAAGCGGGCACUCAAGGUCAUGGAGGCAGAGGUCAACCGAGUGCUGCAGCUGACUUCCAACAUGGUCAUACCCAUUAUGUACCAGGUGCCGCGAAAGACAUAUCGCGAUUUCCACGCCGAUCUCUAUCCAGAGACUACUGGCUACAAGACGGAGUUGGUGGCCGGCGAAUGGCUGAAUGGCGGCAACCAGGUGGUGCCCAAGAUGAGCCUGGAUCCCGCCAAGCGCGAGCAUGGCGACGAGCCAAUUAUUAUUCAUCGCGGCAACCUAAGCGACUUCGUUAAGAACCUGGAGAAUCAGCGGGCCAAGAGUAACACUAUCGGGAAACCAAUUCCCAGUCAGCCGGCCAAGCGCAACGAUAACGAGCACUUUGUAAUGCUGAACAAGGGCAACAACUUCGAGGAGAAGAACGGCAAUGACAACAGCAGCGAAAGCAAUGGAAAGAAGAGCACGCCCUCGCAAUCCCAGCCAGAUGGGGAGUGCAGUGAGCUCAUCCGUAAAUUCGAGGCCAAAUACAAGGUGGACUCGGAGAAGGAGAAGGCCAAUGCCUACGCCCAGUCCCAGGAGGAUGACAAGGAGUCACCCACCGAGCAGGAGCACUCGACGGGCAGCAGCGAGGAGGUCUCCUCGUCCGGCGGGCUGGACAACCACUCGGCCAGUGGCAGCCAUUCGCCGCCGAAGCCCAUGCCGCGCACCUCGCGCAACAAUUCCCUGCCGGAGGCCAGCGAUUCCGCUGGGGAGAGCAGCAGCACCACCACGCCACGCCCGAGGCCACGCACCACCGCUGCGUCCGCCUACAAGCCACGCUUGGGCCCGAAGCCCUUCUCCAGCACCACAGGUGACGUGUCGUUCGACAAGGUGUUCGCCGUGCCCCUGGCCCCGGGAUCGCAUGAGAACAUCUCGAACGUGGGCCAGGACAGCGCUGUGGAGAUGACACCCGCCCAGGGGCCCAAGCCUGAUCUCAUUGUGGAAAUCGAAAUCAAAAAGAAACACGAAAGGGAGCCUGCGCCGGCGGUGGCCGGAAAUGGAGUCCAGAAAUCGCUAACAACCUCGGAGCGCCGCAAGUCCUCGGCUGACGAUGAUGAAUCAUCCGACAAGAUAUUCGAGCAGAGCUCUGAGUCGUCGGAGAACUCGGCGGAGGGCGAGGAUCGCACGGAUGCGGAUUUGCGACGCAGCUGCUCCUCCAGGAGCAGCUUUGCCGAACGGCGGCGCAUAUACGAGAAUCGCUCCAAGAGUCAGGUGGACGAAAAGCCCCAGUCGCCAGUGCCAUUACGCCGCGAGCACUCUAAAGUGGAGCCACUGAAGCCGAGUCAACAGCAGCAGCAGCAGGGCAACCUUAUCGACACCAAGCGCAUUUCGGUGCCGGAAGGCAAACUGAUGGAGGAGCACCGCCGCGGAAAUGGCGCUGGAAUCAAGAAGUCCGCCACGGAGGCGGCCUUCAGUGCUGCCAGCACCAAGCGCACCUCCACUGUCUUCGGUAAGGUGUCCAAGUUCCGGCACCUGAAGGGCACUCCCGGCCACAAGUCUACGCACAUCGAGAACUUGCGCAACCUGAGCCGCCAGAUACCGGGCGAGUGCAAUGGCUUCCACGCCAACCAGGAGCGCGUUGCAGUGCCACUUUCUGGACCCGGUGGCAAAAUAGCCAUUUUCGAGUUGAGCCGACCUGGACGUUUGCCGGACGGCGUGAUUCCAUCGCUGGUGAACGGCAGCAACAUCAUGGACUUCCAGUGGGACCCGUUUGAUGCUCAGCGCUUGGCCGUGGCCUGCGACGAUGGCAUCGUCAAGAUCUGGCACAUUGAAGCCGGCGGAUUGAGUGAGCCGACAAACACACCAGCCGGCGAGCUGACCGCUCACCUGGACAAGAUCUACUUUAUACGCUUCCACCCGUUGGCUGCUGAUGUUCUGCUAACCGCCAGCUACGAUAUGACCAUCAAGCUGUGGGACUUGCGCACCAUGAGCGAGAAGUGCUCGCUGUCGGGGCACACGGAUCAGAUCUUCGACUUCGCCUGGAGUCCCUGCGGUCGGUUGGGCGCCACCGUGUGCAAGGAUGGCAAGAUAAGGGUCUACAAUCCGAGGAAAUCGGAGACGCCCAUUCGGGAGGGCAACGGACCCGUUGGCACUCGUGGAGCUCGGAUUACCUGGGCGCUGGAGGGACACUACAUCGUCUGCACUGGCUUUGACAAGGUUUCGGAGCGACAGAUCAGCGUGUACAAUGCUCAAAAGCUGUCGGCGCCAUUAAACACGGCCAGUUUGGACGUAUCGCCUUCGAUACUAAUCCCCUUCUACGACGAGGAUAGCUCCACACUGUUUGUCACGGGCAAGGGCGACUCCACCAUCUACUGCUACGAGAUCACAGACGAGGAGCCGUACAUCUGCCCGCUGUCGCACCAUCGUUGCACCUCGCUGCACCAGGGCCUCAGCUUCCUGACCAAGAACCAUUGCGAUGUGGCCAGCGUGGAGUUCUCAAAGGCUUAUCGGCUGACCAAUACCACAAUUGAGCCCCUCAGUUUCACAGUGCCCCGCAUCAAGAGCGAGCUGUUCCAAGACGAUCUGUUCCCACCCACACGCAUCACCUGGAGCGCCACGCUAAGCGCCGAGGACUGGUUUGCCAGCAACGACAAGGCGGCACCCAAGGUCAGCCUCAAGCCAGAGGGCAUGGAGACAUUGUCUUCCAUACAGCAAGUGCCAGCGCAGCCCGUGAAGAAGCCGGAUCAUACCCAGUUCGGAGGUCAGAAGUCCGAAUUCGAGAUCAACAAGCAGCAGGAGAUCCAGAAAUCAGUGAGCGCGCGCAUGGAGUUCACCACCAAGCUGGAGCAGGACGACAUGGAGGGCGUGGACGAGAACGAGUGGCAGGAGUAGCAGAGUAGCCAGCGUCUGCGGCGGACAUGAACCAUGGAAUCAGUUCACAAUUUAGCGUUUAACCAAUGGUCGUAAUUUUUUUUACCAAUCUACACAUGACGCGGCAUCAUGACAAGACAGCAAUGUGCUCGACAUAUAUAGUACACAUAAACAUAGACUUGUGGGCGAGCGCAUAUAGACAACUCGUAGUUAAGCCGAAAGUAAAACUAACACAGUACCAGUCCAGUAGCCACACUCAAGUACACACACCCUCGUCCCUCAGUUCCUCGCUCCUCCGCCAAUUACUGCAGUUGCUCAAUAAUUGCCAAAUUACAAAUCAUAAGCCAGUUUUGUUCGUUUUGUUUAACGUUUAGUUUUGUGUGCGUCUUUUUAUUUUAUUUUUUUUUAUCGUGCGUGUAUUCAUUUUUGAUAUACCCAUAUAUGUUUGUGUUUUUUUGUGUGCUAUUUAAGUAGUUAGUCCAAAAUUAGUUUAGCCACUUAGGUGUUUACACUUACGAUUAAUUUCCUGGGUUCGCCAGUGUCCUUCAGUUUGAGUGGCCAUAUAGGAAGAGUGAGGAGAAGGACCCUUAGAUGAUACUAAUUUUACAUAUACGCCUAUGUAUUUCCCUCUCGGUUUUUUUCAUGUUUGCCUGUGAGUGAGUGAGAGAGAGUGUGUGUGUCUGUCUGUCCCCCUCGUUCGCAUCAUUUCACCCCCUUUCUACCAACCCCAUCCCAGAAAUAAGGAAGAAAACCAGCCCAAAUCGAGUCGAUGAUGUCCCCAAGCGUCUCUUCUAGUCUUUCGCAUCACUCGAUCCCCCAAAGACACCCCGCCCCCCUUUCAUGCCCCAAUCCAAGACAGGAAACUAAAACAUAUAGACUGUAGCCAAAACGAGAGACAAAUGCUGAGAACUACAAUCAAGCGAGACAAUUUUUGUAAUGUAUAAUGCGUAAAUCAAACAUACUGCAACAGCCGAAUCAAACCGAAAAGACAUGCAAAUAACUAAUAAUUCCAAAAGUAUAACGAAAAGACUUGAACAACGGGUGGGUCAGUUGCCCAGCUGCCCAUCUCCAUCCUCUGAAUCCUCCUCCCCGAACGCCUCCCUACUAACGCAAAAGAAAGUGGACAUUUUGGAAAAUUAGAAAGGGGAAAGAAAGCAAUGAGCUGCCAUUUGCAGACGUUUGUUAACGGGAAGGCAAUAGAACGUAACUCGAGUAGCAUACCCUACAUAGGCAAUAACGUUUUGUACUGCAAUAGAAUAUACAUUUACACAUAUAUAUACAUGAUAUAUUAUAUUUUGUAUACCAAUCGUAACUAAAGCAGGCCAAGAACUCGAUCUUCUGGCUGAAACGACUGAAUAGCGUGGCAAACUCAAUCUAAAUCUUUCAAAACGAGAACAGCAACAACAAUAACCACACAACAGACCAACAACCAAUUCUCGGGUAACGGGCAAUAUUGUGCUAGACAAGGUUCUACUAUACAGAUUAUAUAUACACAUACCAUACGCAUAGUUAUAGGCAUAUAAAGGUCGCAAAGCAAAGGUCCCCCGCUGGGGGCCAGGCCCAGCAAUUCCAAAUCGAAGUCGAGCUGCAUUUAAAUCCAAACGCCAUGGAACGACUGACAGACAAGUAUUCGCUAAACAUUCUGAUCUGCCCCGCCCCCAGGCCCCGAUCCCCACUCCCCAGUCCCGACUAGUACUUAUGUCAGAGAUUAUCCCAAAAAAGAGAAUUUCCAGAGGUUGGAUACGGAUUAUGGAUAUGCAUUUCUAUGAUUACGAAGUCCCUGUCCCAGUAAAACCCAUUACAAAUCCAAUUCCUAUUCUCGAAACCGACCGCCCGCAGAUAUUAUGUCAUUCUGUAUUUAUUGGCCAUAUUCGAUUACGAUUUUCGAACGUCUCUCUUAUUUAUAUUUAUAUAUAUCUAUAACAAUACAAAUAUACGAAAAUACAACUUCAAGCGAUAUAUAAUA